AGGUGUGCAUAUCUUUUUCGUACACAUUGAUGUUUAUAGGGGGAAAUUCUUACACAACAAAAUGGAGGGAAAUGCAAGUAUGGGUCAUUUGAGCAUUGUCGAAUUCUACGAGAAUCGAUCGGUUUUUAUUACGGGAGCGACGGGAUUCAUGGGUAAGGUUCUGGUGGAGAAGAUUUUGCGAUCUUGUCCUGGCGUGGAGCGUCUCUACCUGCUGAUGAGACCGUCAAAGGGUCAAAGCGUCGAUUACCGCCUUCGAGAAUUCAUCCAAAAUGAGAUAUUCAGUAAGGUCAAAGAACAGCAGCCAAACGUAAUGGAGAAAAUCACGGCCGUGAAAGGUGACGUCACACUGCCUCAACUGGGUUUGUCGCCAUCCGAUUUGCAGCUGUUGACUGAAAAUGUGUCUGUCGUCUUCCAUUCUGCCGCCACUGUUAAAUUCAACGAGGAAUUGAAAACGGCUCUGGUUAUGAACGUGAAAGGGCCGAUGGAGAUGCUCGAAAUUUGUCGCAAAAUGAAACAUCUUGAGGCAUUUGUGCACGUAUCAACUGCUUUCAACAAUCUUGACCGGGAGAAAAUUAAAGAAGAGGUCUACUUCAAUCCGAAAGUGAAUCCAGUGAAAUUAAUUGAAUUUCUCGAUGGUCUCGAUGACGAAACACUUAAAAUCAUGACACCUGAACUAGUGGGGGAGUGUCCAAACACGUAUGUUUAUACCAAAGGCUUGGCCGAGCAACUUCUGGAGACGAACUGCGGAAGCGUUCCGUUGGCGAUCGUCCGGCCAUCCAUCGUGACUGCGGCUGAAAGUGAACCUUUUCCUGGUUGGGUCGACAACAUGAAUGGUGCAACAGGAACAAUUGCUGCUGUCGGUAAAGGGAUCUAUCGUACCCUUAAAAUAAACAAAAAACUAGUCAGUGAUAUCAUUCCAGUUGAUUAUUCAAUCAAUUUGAUGAUUGCCGUUGCUUGGUAUUUAGCAACUCACAGGCCAACUGGCGUUCCCGUCUACACUUGCACCACUGGACAUCGAAACCCACUCACCUGGGGUAUGCUAAAACAUUGGACCGUAGAAUUUUGGUUGAAGUUUCCCCCAAAAGAAAUGCUGUGGUAUCCCAGCGUUCAUUGCACAAUGAACGAUCUUUCGCUCAAAAUCACGCAAAUUUUAUUUCACUAUCUGCCAGCCUACGUGAUGGACUUGUUUAUGUUAGCGACGGGAAAGCGCACAAAAUGGGUCCGUCUCUACACAAAAGCAGAUAAAGCUUUUGUUCCUUUUGAGUUUUUUACGACACAUCAGUGGCGAUUUAUUAGUGACAAUCCAAUUCACUUAUCGAAGGAGAUGACCGCUGAAGACCAGGAAAUGUUUUACUUCGAUGUCCGAAAAAUAAACUGGCAAAGUUAUUUCGAAAAUUACAUAUUAGGAAUUAGGCAGCUUGUUUUUAAAGAUGAUCCUACCACUCUUCCAUUGGCCAGAAGCAAUCUCGAAAGAUUGUACAUGGUGCGACAGAUUAUGAUAUUCAUUUUGUCAAUGAUUCUUAUUUUUAUUUUCCAGAAAAUUUUCUUCUCCUUCUCUUUAAUUUGUCCUCAGACCUUUUUUCUACUUACCGAGUUAGUUUCUCUAUAAAUUUAUUUCUAUUAGAAUUUCAAUUUAAUAUCAAUGAAAUCCUCAUACCUAAUGUAAUAAUGUUUACCUCAGUUACAUAUUAUAAUGUAUACGUAUAUUAAUAACACUUUUUGAUAACACUAAUAUAUCGCCGAAGUAGCUCAAAAUAAAAGGAACAAAACAAAAGGAUAAGUGGGCAAUUAACCCAUGACUCAUCAGGAGUAGCUUUUUAUUCACCGGUUACUAGAAUACGUAGCGAGUCUUAGUAAGAGAGAUGUCGAGUGUAAGGGUUACUUAUUGCAUUACACCUGCCAAACUUGA